CGGCCGCGCCACGCCGGACCGCGGCGCACUUCGCUUUCCAGCCGGACCCGGCGCCCAGCGCGUACGGGCAAACUCAGAAGAUGAAUCUCUUCCAAUCCAUAACAAGUGCCUUGGACAAUGCUUUAGCCAAAGAUCCGACUGCAGUAAUAUUUGGUGAAGAUGUGGCCUUUGGUGGAGUCUUCAGGUGUACAGUUGGCUUGCGAGACAAAUAUGGUAAAGAUAGAGUUUUCAACACCCCUUUGUGUGAACAAGGAAUUGUUGGCUUUGGUAUUGGAGUUGCUGUUGCAGGUGCUACAGCCAUUGCAGAAAUUCAGUUUGCAGAUUACAUUUUUCCAGCAUUUGAUCAGAUUGUUAACGAAGCAGCAAAAUAUCGUUACCGCUCUGGAGAUCUGUUUAAUUGUGGAAACCUCACCAUCAGAGCCCCCUGGGGCUGUGUGGGUCAUGGUGCACUAUAUCACUCUCAAAGUCCAGAAGCUUUUUUUGCUCACUGUCCAGGAAUAAAGGUUGUUAUUCCGAGGAGUCCUCUUCAGGCCAAAGGACUGCUGCUGUCAUGCAUAGAGGACAAAAAUCCAUGCAUAUUCUUUGAACCUAAAAUACUUUACAGAGCUGCAGUGGAACAAGUUCCUGUGGAGCCCUACAACAUUCCACUGUCUCAAGCUGAGGUGCUGCAGACGGGCAGUGAUGUGACACUGGUUGCUUGGGGCACUCAGGUACAUGUGAUCAAAGAGGUGGCAGCAAUGGCUCAAGAAAAGCUUGGUGUGUCCUGUGAAGUUAUUGAUCUGAGGACCAUCUUACCCUGGGAUACGGAGACCGUUUGCAAGUCGGUGGUGAAGACUGGGCGAUUGCUAAUUAGCCAUGAGGCUCCCUUGACAGGAGGAUUUGCAUCUGAAAUCAGUUCCACAGUUCAGGAGGAAUGCUUUUUGAAUUUAGAAGCUCCUAUUUCAAGAGUAUGUGGCUAUGACACUCCUUUCCCUCACAUCUUUGAGCCUUUCUACAUCCCAGACAAAUGGAAAUGUUAUGAUGCUCUUCGAAACAUGAUUAACUACUGAGCAGUAGUACAGAGAUGAGAAGAACAACAGGGAAGUACAGAAGCUGCCUUCAAAACUCUUGACACUUUACUCAGAUCUUUUGGGUUUAGAAUUCACAUAGCAGACUGUUUUCUCUGAACUCAACUAUCCUUAAUAUUGAUUUUGGCUAUUCUUCGGAAAGUUCAAAUCUUCCUUAAUUAUGAAAUCAGUGAUGGGCAGGUGAUUGCUAUAAUAAGUAGUUUCAGAUGUAUUUAAAGAUAUUCCAGAUGUCGUAUGAAUGUUACACAUUGCCAUGCUUCACUAGGUUACAUCUCUAAACUUCACUGUGUAAAUAUUAGAAGCAGGAUUUUAUUCAAUAAAGCAUAUGAUGCAUA